AGGGAGCAAUGGCCUAUGGAAAUCCCCUUGUACUUGGGGCCAUUCCAUGUCUGCCAUCGACCAGGGUUAGGCACCCAGAGAGGUAGGCAUAACAAAACAAGACCCCACUUGGUAAGAAAAUUGCAACCGAAGACUGAAUGGAGAGGCAGAACUCCUCCAACCCAAAGAAACAAGCAAACAUCAUACACCACCGCCGUGCUUCUUGUCUCUUCCAGGAUGUCGGCUCAAAGUCCCAAUCCUGGGAGUGCAGCAUCCCCAAUGGGUCCGCCCCAGCAGUCCCUUUCUCCUAUGCCUCCACCCCAGGCUACAUCUCCAGCCGUUGGGCCACCUCAGGCUCCAUCUCCAAUGGGUCCACCACAGGCACCAUCACCCAUGGGUCCUCCAGUAAUGUCACCAGGUCCUGGUGUACCACCAACACAGCAGGGACCUCCAGGGGGCCCUGGCAUGUCACCUCAGGGUGGACCAAGCCCUCACCACUCUUACCCUCAGGGUCCACAAGGAGGCCAGGGUUGGCCACAAACUGCUGGUUCAUAUCCCAACAGUUAUCCUCCACAGCCUCAAUCACAGCAGGGAUCAUCGAUGGGCCCUAACAGUCACCACCCUUCCCAGGGUCCUCCCGGUGGCCCUUCAGGUGGUGGACUGCCUCCACCAAGUGGUGGUGGACCAAAUGGUCCGAGUCCAAGUGGUGGUAGCUUUCAGCAGGAGAACCUUAAUGCUUUGCAAAAAGCUAUCAACACAAUGGAGGACAAGGGUUUACAAAAUGAUCCACGUUAUACUGAUUUAGUUAACAUGAGGGCUAAGUAUGGUAAUAUGAAUAUGGGUCCACCACCACCAGGCAGUGGUUCUACAAGUGGUGGUAGUGUUCCACCAGGCCCUCCAAGUGGACCUGGAUAUGGCCCUCCUGGUGCUGGGGUCCCUGAUGCACAAAGAGCAGGUUUGCUAAAUCCUUCACAAAUGCAUCAGCUUCGGGCCCAAAUAAUGGCCUAUCGUUGCAUUGCUCGUAAUCAACCAGUUCCAAGCCACGUGUCUGCUCUUGCUCAGGGUCGCCGGGCUGAACAAGACCCUACUCGGCCACCUGGACCUGGUCUUCCUGGACCACAAGGACCCCCAAGUGGACCACCAAGUGGACCACCAACUGGCCCUCCAGCAGGUCCUCCUACUGGCCCUCCAACUGGACCACCAACUGGACCUCCCACUGGACCUCCUGGUGUUCAGGGUCCACCAGGCCCACCAGGACCCCCUGGACCACCCAGUAUGCAGUAUCCAAGACACCCUGGACCAAUGCCAGGGGUGCGGCCACCAUACAAUGGAACAGGCCCAUCACAGACACCACCCCCACCAUCUGGUGUCAUGAGCUCCCAACCUGUACCAACUGGACCUGUACCUGGGACCACCCCAAGGCCUCAGGUGCCUCCAGCAGCUGUUGGGACAACCCCUGUGCCUACUGCUGGUGGCAAAACGAGCCGUGUUACUCCUAUUACUAAGCCCUCUGGGGUGGAUCCCUUGAUACUUCUACAGGAGAGAGAAAACAGAUUAGCUGCACGUAUUGCUCAUCGAAUUGAAGAAUUGAGUGGCCUUCCAGCGACAAUGGCGGAAGAUUUAAAAACAAAAGCUCAGAUUGAGCUUCGAGCAUUACGCUUACUCAAUUUCCAACGCCAAUUAAGGGCCGAGGUUGUAAGCUGCAAUCGAAAAGAUACAACUUUAGAAACCGCUAUUAAUAUAAAGGCAUACAAGAGAACCAAACGGCAAGGUCUGAGAGAAGCUCGUAUUACUGAAAAACUAGAAAAGCAACAGAAAUUAGAGGCCGAGCGAAAGAAGCGGCAAAAGCACCAAGAAUACCUUAAUGCAGUGCUACAGCAUGGUAGAGAACUGAAGGAGUUCCAUCGCCAAAAUAAUCAGAAGAUUAGUAAAUUAAAUAAGUCUCUCAUACUGCACCAUAUGAAUGCUGAGAGAGAGAAGCAAAAGGAACAGGAGCGCAUAGAGAAGGAACGGUUGAGGCGCCUCAUGCUGGAGGAUGAGGAAGGCUAUCGUAAAUUGAUUGAUGAAAAGAAAGAUAAACGUUUAGCGUACCUUCUCACUCAGACUGACGAGUUUAUUGCCAACCUGACAGAGAUGGUCAAAGCUCAUAAAGAGGAUCAGCGACUGAAACAUCGAGAAGAGAGGAAGAAAGCUCGUGAGGAACGUCGUCGUGCCCGGGAGGCCAUUGCUGAUAAUGGUGAAGAGGGCGACAAUCAGAAGCGGCAUAUUCCUGUUAUGGAAUCGGCGACCGGAGCCAUUGUUUGUGGCUUACAGGCUCCUCUGGAGGAAAAUCUUGAAGCAUUUUUGACUGCCAAUCCUGGCUGGGAAAUUCUACCCGAGGAAGAUACAGAGUCGUCUGAUGAAGAUGAAUCAAAAGUAGAAAAGGAAAAAGUGAAAGAGCCUGAGUCAACAAGUGAAGAAAAAGUAGAACCGGUCCUAGAUGAAGAUGGCAAUCCCAGGGAGGUGGUGUUCAAGAAGGCCAAGGUGGAGGAUGAUGAGUACAAAGAUGCAUCGGGAGAGAAGAACUAUUACUCCAUAGCUCACACCAUUAAGGAAACUGUAACAGAGCAAGCCAAAAUGAUGGUCAAUGGACUUCUCAAAGAAUAUCAAGUGAAGGGUCUUGAGUGGCUUGUGUCCUUGUAUAACAAUAAUCUUAAUGGUAUCCUGGCUGAUGAGAUGGGCCUGGGAAAAACUAUCCAGACUAUUGCACUUCUCACAUACUUAAUUGAGACCAAGAAGAAUAAUGGACCAUAUCUCAUCAUUGUACCCCUCUCCACCAUAUCUAAUUGGGCUCUUGAGUUUGAAAAAUGGGCUCCAACUGUUCAGGUUGUGACUUACAAAGGGUCACCUCAGGUUCGGCGGAUUGUUCAAAGUCAGAUGAGAGCCACGAAGCUCAAUGUUUUGCUCACCACAUAUGAAUAUAUUAUAAAGGAUAAAGCAGUGUUAUCCAAGUUGCGAUGGAAAUACAUGAUAAUCGACGAGGGUCACCGCAUGAAGAACCACCAUUGCAAACUUACACAGACACUGAACACAUUCUACAAUGCACCACAUCGCUUAUUGCUGACGGGAACACCACUUCAGAACAAGCUGCCGGAGCUAUGGGCUCUUCUUAACUUCCUUCUUCCAUCCAUCUUUAAAUCUUGCUCUACAUUUGAGCAGUGGUUCAAUGCUCCCUUUGCAACUACUGGUGAAAAGGUUGAAUUAAAUGAAGAAGAAACUAUCUUGAUCAUUCGGCGUCUGCAUAAAGUUCUUAGGCCAUUUUUACUACGUCGACUCAAGAGAGAAGUUGAGGCCCAAUUACCAGACAAGGUGGAAUACAUCAUCAAGUGUGAAAUGUCGGGUCUACAACAUGUUUUAUACCGCUCCAUGCAGACAAGGGGAGUCAUGUUGUGUGCUGAAGAUAAGAAAGGUCAGAAGAGUAAUACCAAGGCUCUCAUGAACACCAUUAUGCAGCUUCGUAAACUUUGUAACCAUCCCUUCAUGUUCCAACACAUUGAGGAAGCCUAUUGCAAUCAUACUGGAUUUGCAGGUGGCAUUGUUCAGGGACCAGAUCUAUACCGUGCAUCUGGCAAAUUUGAGCUUCUAGACCGGAUCUUGCCUAAACUGAAGACCAGUGAUCACCGAGUGCUGCUCUUCUGCCAGAUGACACAGCUUAUGACUAUUAUGGAGGAUUACCUCAUGUAUAAAGGCUUCAAAUACUUGAGACUUGAUGGUAUGACUAAAUCAGAAGACCGUGGUGAGCUUUUACGUCUAUUCAAUACAUCUAGAGAAUAUUUCUUGUUCCUGUUGUCGACCCGUGCAGGUGGUUUAGGACUGAACCUCCAGUCUGCCGACACAGUUAUCAUUUUCGAUUCAGAUUGGAAUCCACACCAGGAUCUUCAGGCCCAAGAUCGUGCCCAUCGUAUUGGCCAGAAAAAUGAGGUGAGAGUGUUGCGUCUGAUGACUGUGAACACCGUUGAAGAACGUAUCUUGGCGGCUGCUCGGUAUAAACUCAACAUGGAUGAGAAGGUUAUUCAAGCGGGUAUGUUUGAUCAGAAGUCUACUGGAUCUGAUCGACGACAGUUCCUUCAGGCUAUUCUUUCCAAUGACAAUGAAGAUGAUGAAGAAGAGGAUGAAGCCCCAGACGAUGAAACUAUUAAUCAGAUGAUUGCUCGUGGAGAAGAUGAAUUUGAAAUCUUUCAGAAAAUUGAUGACGAAAGAAAGAAGGAAUCAACUAGGCCACGUCUUAUGGCCGAGGAUGAAUUACCCGAGUGGAUGUUGAGGGAGGAAGAUUCAGAAGAGAUAGAAGAAGAGGAACCCGAGGAGUUGGGAGAUCGUCGGGCUCGUUCUAAGAAGGAAGUAGACUACACGGAUAGUUUGACAGAAAAAGAAUGGCUUCGUGCUAUUGGGGCUGUUGAAGAGGAUGGGAAAGAGGCUAUGGAAGAGGAGGAGGAAGAGGUCACUAGCAAUAAGAAUAAGAGGGGCUCUAAAGGAAAGAGAAAACGACAAGAUGAGAUGGAUAAUGAUGACGACCCUAAGCCAAAAAAACGUGGACGUCCUGCUAGGGAAAAACCAGGACCGAAAAAUAAAAGGCUAAUUCGUCAACUGAAACGUCUCAUGGAUAUAGUUAUAAAAUACGAAGACAGUGAUGGGCGAGUACUGAGUGAACCCUUCAUGAAGUUACCAUCUCGCCGUGAGCUGCCCGAUUACUAUGGAAUAAUUAAGAGACCAAUGGAUAUAUGCAAGAUCUUAUCUAAAAUUGAAGAAGGAAGAUAUGAAGACCUGAACGAACUGGAGACUGACUUUAUGCUCCUGUGUCGCAAUGCCCAAGAGUACAAUGAAGAGGCUUCUAUCAUCUAUGAGGAUUCCAUUGUAAUGCAGAGUGUCUUUGUUAAUGCUCGCGAGCGUAUAGAAACAGAGGCUGAUAAUCUCCCCGAGGAAGAUGAGGAAGAGGAUGAAGAGGAGGAGGAAGAGGAAGACAGUAGAGGAAAGAAGGGGAAGAAAAGUAAGGGAGAUAAAAGCAGAGGGAGAAGGAAAAGAGUAAAAUAUGCCGAUGAUUCCGAUGAUGAUGAUGAGGAUGAUGAUGAUGACGAUGUGAGUAAGAAAGAACCCGAGUGAAGCAUAUUGAGUCCUUGUGCUUAGACUUGAAAGCAUCUAGGAAAUUGAGUGGAACUUACUCAGUUGGUCACGUUGUUAUAUAAUGUCCUGUGCUACUUGUUUAUUUUUAAAAUACAAAACCAUUUGCUAAUUCCAGUUUUGUUAUUAAGUUUUUUUCUGAGAUGACAUCAGUUCAAUUUACAGAAUUGCCAAAACUCUUUAGAUAUUAAAAUUGCUCCCUUCCACUCACAAUUCCUGAUUGGGACGUUUUAGAAAUUUCUUUGUUAAUCUGCUCUUAGGUUUUAUUGCAAAUUAUUAAUGUUCAUGCUAUCAGUUCCAACUGUGAUUGAUGAGCACUUGGUGUUGAUUUUGGUUGUCAUUAUUAAUCUUUUCAGCAAGUUGAUUUCAAAUUCAUUUGGUUAUUAGACUUUUUUUUAUGUAUUAGGAGGAAAAAAUAAGAAACAUUCCAAUUUAUUAACUGGAUCCUUGGUAUUUUCUUUCAAUAUAAUACAUUUAUCCCUUUUUUUCAAUUUAAUUAUUUGAAUAUCAGAAGACUUUUCCUCAUUUUCUGUUAAGUGAUUUUCCUUAUUUUCACACUUUUUCAGUGAUGUGUGACAUGAGGUCGGAGAUCACAAGAGUCGUUGGAAAGAUCUAGUUCAGUGUCACCUUGCUUUCAUGUACCUUAAGAUGAUUAAAUUAUUAAAUAAUAUAUUUUGCCAGAAGUUUUCUUCUAGGGCUGGAAUACUUUGUUGUACAUUUUUGGUCUAGUCCUUAAUCUUGUGUUGUAGAGAGCUGAUUCCAGAGAUGCGUUCCAUAAGGGGCAUUGCUGUAUUGGGUUAUGUGGCUUUGUAUGUCGUAAAUAGAAUAUAUAACUUCACACUUGACCACGUAUUACAUUAUUGCAGCUAUUAAAUAAGUAUUUUAUGAUGGAUGAGGCAGAAUGAUUCUGGUGGCAAUAUGUUCUGAUACGUUGUGUAUUUUAUGCAACAUACAAGCGAGUGUUGUAAUUGGAAGUUUUGGAGAUACAAGUUUGCCGCUGCAAAAAGUAACAUAAAGGCAGUUUAUGGUUUCGUGCUAUUCCCAAGAUUGUGGUAUUUGAACUGACGAUGAGAUAAAGUUCAUUCUUCUUUUAAACUGAUAACAGAAUAGAAAAUAUUCUUGUAGUUUUAAUUUUCAUUGUCCUCAUGCUGUAUGGUUUUGUAAAUUGUACUGACUCAUAGUUGAACAAAUAUUAAUAGAAAUUAACUGAGCUAGUAAGAAAAUGUCAAAAGCUUUUCCAUGACCCAAUCCUUUUUCCCUUAUCUCUUCAUUAUAUUUUAGUAUCUAAUAAAUACAGAUAUGGUCAAAAGCACAACUUUGUCCUCAUUUUACAGUAGUACAGUAUAUUCCCCUUCAGAUUACAGUAUAUAUGUAUGAACCAAAAAUGUCUAAAUAUAAAUCUUUGUAUUGGUUUUCUUAGUGAAUUAAAAAAUUCAUACUCG